AUGAAAUGGAGAUAGGGAAGUAGUCACACAUUUUAUAACUUGGAAAUUCAAAUUGAUCAAGACUGUACAAAUGCAUUGUGUUGGAGCACAGUUGGAAGGUGGGCAGAGAAUUAAGAACUCUGCAGAUGGUGGGUUUUAACUUCGUAUACAACAAUUCUCGUGAAGCUCAAGUUUGAAUGUUAGCUGCUGUUUCUACUUAAGUAAUUAAUUAGAUCACAGAAGUCAAAAAAGUUGGCUGAGCCAUCCCAGUGUGUGACUUUGACUUUUAAGCCGGGGGUGGAGGGGAAGACAGCUCUGGGAGUUGUGCAGAAGGACCCAGUGUCCUGGCAGCGGCUCACCAGGCUGUCACUGCACAUGCUGAGGGCGGGAGCUGCGGGCCGUCGGUUUUCAUUAUGUGCGUGUUGUGACCCCUGAUUGAGAGUCUGCAGCCUCAGAACGGAACAGGGGUCGUCUUUGUAGUACACCCCUCUUGAGGGACCAGAAAAUUCGUUCUCUGUUGCCAGGAGCAAGCCUUCCCCACCCAGCCUGCCCUGCCCCAGUCCUGAGCCACCAGGUGGGAACGUGACGCCGGGGCUGCUUCUGUUAGCCGAGAGAGGCGGGGCUUGUCCCAGGGCCCUCAGUCUGCAGUGGGCAAGGGAGAAAAGCCCUUGGGCCCUCUGGCAGCCAAAGCUCGGAGCCCAGCACUCCAAGUUCUCUUUCUAAGAAUUUUUGUCAAAGGAAAGGCAAAGCUCUGUGUACUUAGAUCUGGAAAUUUCACGUUUUAUUUCCAAAGAUAUGAAUUGUUUUGAACGUGAAAAAAUGUGGAUGUACUCAGAAGCGGGGUGAGUAGUGCUCUGAUCACCCCGAUCAGUGGAAUGAUUGCCCGAAUGUUUGCCCUGGUUGCUUCCUAAAGUACCCCCGUUUUCACUUUUCCUUGCGAAUGUAUUUAAUAGCAAACCCGACAGCACGUCUUCUCUCUGAAAGGCACCGUCAUUUUCCGGUGUAAGCCGCCAUGCUGUUAUCACACCUAACAACAGAAACCACGAUUCUUCGGUACCACCUGAUACUGUGGCGAAACCAGGUUGCCUCCGGGUCAGGACCGCGUCUGGGUGGUGAUCUUGUUGUCAUCAGGCUUCCUGUGACGUCCGCCUGUCCGUCUGGUCACGGUGCCCCUUCACGCCCGCUCAGUCUGGAGAAGCCAGGUUACCUUAACACGGAGCUGACUUGCCGGGAGACCUGGGGUGCUGGUCCCCUUCUGUGUGUGCUUGUUGGCUCCCCUGUGUUGUUAUUUCACUGGUCGCUGAACCCUGAAUGUCGGUCUCAGGGGCUAGACUUGAUGGCUGUUAACAGCUGUCACGUGUGCUCAGUGGAGACUGCAGGCUGUGGCUCAUCACCCACGCAGAGGACCUGGAAACGCGGUGACUGCGUAGCGUCUCCGUGAGGGGAAUGCACACGCUGGGGUUCACACGCGUCCCAGCAGAGUCAGAGACGGCAUAUCAGAAGCCUGCAGAAGUACACGUCGUCGUGAAUCCCCGCAGAAGGAGUCCCCGGACUGGGCUUCUCGUGACUGCCUUUUCGUCUUCCGAGAGACGUCGUCAAAGUUGGGGGCCCCGAUGUUCUCGUCUAUUCUGAAUCUCUGGGUGAUGACGGUGGCUUCUCUGGCGUGGUAAGCUUUCUUUUCCCUCCAGUUUCUUCCUAAGUGACCGCCCGAGUAGAGAGGAACUAAACAGACGUGACCUGGGACUCUACGCGACCUCCGCUAACUGCAGCAUGGCCCGUGCUGGGCAGCGUCCUUUUCUGAAAUGAAGCCGGUGCACGUUCUCACAGUGAUGGUUCUUUCUGACGUCGGUAAGACGUAGGAACUAAGGUGUGCCUCUUUAUCAGCAGCAAGUAGCCGCUGUGAUAGGGUUUGCUGUAAAACGUGUGAGCUUGGUGCCUCCAAGGCAGCGACCUGGGGCUGUAAAGCAGUGACUGAGACUGGAAGACCACCCUGCCGUGCCUGCCGCCUUCCCCUGGCCAUGGCUCAGGUCCUGCGGCCUGGGCGGGCACAGUGGGCGUCGCUGCUAGAAGGGCGGGAGGCGUAGCCCUUGGGCUUCUCCUCCUGGGCUGCCCGGGCUGCAGCUGUUGUGAGGAGACGCGGAUGAUCGCAGUGGACCCUGGGUAGGCUGUCUCCUCUGACUCCUGCCUGCUCACCCAGCUGCAGCUCCGGCCCAGACUGCACGUGUGGCUCAGGGCCCUCGGCAACCGAAGUCCACAGGAGCUGGCCGUGCUGCCGUGGCUGAGAGCCGCUGGGCUCCUCCCUGCCGUCCCCCUUCUCCCUGCGGUCAUCGGGAAGCAGUGCCUGAUGAUGCUCAUCGCCUCUGUGUUUCCCUGGAGCUGUGCUUCGCUGCCGGAAGAGGGAAGAUCCGGGAGCGGACCACUGGGCUUCCCGGAGAUGCUGUCCCACCCUGCUCAGCCCCCUGGGGUUGGGGGACCGUCCCUGGGGCCAGGCAUUUGGGAAUCUGUAGAGCACACCCGUACUCAGACCUCGUCCGCGUGCCGGCUGUGGGGCAGGCAGGAUGGGAGGUGGCGAGCUGGUCCAGGCUCUGCGAGCAGCUGCUGUGCAAGGCCACUCUGGGCAUGUGGGGCAGGAGGUCCAGAAACCUCAGGGGCCGUGUGGGUGACGUAGGCCGUGGGAGCGCAAGCUGCUCCAAGGGAGAGAAGGAAGAGGGAGAAGAUAGGGUUCAAGUUUGGGUCUGGGGUGUUAAUCCAAGUGAUUCUGAGAGUUUGCUGUUGAUCAUCAGAUCCCCGUGCAGUGUGUAUUGGUUGCGUACGGGAAAUGGCCAUGUGGCUGGUUUUAGAACGUGAGGAACAGCAGAGGUGGGAGCAUGGUUACCUCUUCUCGUAGGACCCGAGCACGUUGGUUUCCAGGAUGUUGGCCAAAUCAGCGAAACCUUUACCACAGCACAGUGCUGCCCACCCCCUCCCCCCACUUUUUUUUUUUUUUAAAGAUUUAUUUAUUUGUUUAUUAGAAAGGCAGAGUUACAGAGAUACAUAGAAGAAGAGAUAGAUCUUCCAUCCACUGCUAUACUCCCCAGAUGGCUGGAACAGCCAGGUCUGGGCCUGAAGCCAGGAGCCAGGAGUUUCUGGUUCUCCAUGUUGGUGCUGGGGCCCAGGCACUUGGACCAUCUUCCACUGCUCUCCCAGGAGCAUUAGCAGGGAGCUGGAUUGGAAGAGGAGCAGCUGGGACUCGAACCGGCACCCAUAAGGGAUGUUGACAUUGCAGAUGGCAGCUUUACCUGCUGUGAAACAGCACUGGCCCCAGUGACCCUUCAUCUUUUAAAAACAGUACUCUAGGCCUCUGUCUGUGAGAUGGGCGCACUUGAAGAAGAGAGGGCCUCUGUGCGGCCUCUGUGGUGUUUCCUAGCUCUGGGGCCAGGCGCUCCAUCUCCAGGCCCGUCACCUACUGGAAUGGCCGAGAGUGACCUCAUAAAGCACGAUUCCUCUCUGCUGCCUCCCGGAAUCCAGACGCAGAGGGAAUCUCUAAGCAGAAUUUCUGCUGGAUUAUAAAAGCGAGGAUUAAAAACGGAAAAUUGGGACAAUGUCUCAAGUCUUUCGCCGGAACCAUUUGCGGGUCGUCUCUAGUUCACUGCUGGACACUGCGUCGCUGGCGUUUUAUACGCGGUUCAAGAAGUUUAAGAGGAGAGACCAUCAGUGCCGCGCGUUUGUGAAGAGAGUUGUGACGAGUCGCCUCUUUCAGAUCAUUAUGAUCAGCACCGUCUCGCUGAAUGCUUUUUUCAUGGUCUUGUGGACCAGUUACAAAGUCAGAUACCAGUUGUUCAGAGUGCUUGAGAUCUCAGAGGUCAUCUUUGUGUCCAUCUACGCCUCCGAGUUCUCCAUGAAGGUCUAUGUGGACCCCAUCGACUACUGGAAGGACGGCUACAACCUGCUGGAUGUGGUCAUUAUCAUCAUUAUCUUCAUCCCCCACCUCCUCCGAAAGAUCAAGGACAAGCACUACCCCUACUUCAACAUCGCCGAUGGCAUCCAGUCACUGCGCAUCCUCAAGUUUAUCACCUACAGCCGGGGCAUCCGGACUCUCAUCACGGCCGUGGGGCAGACCGUGUACACCGUGGCCUCCGUGCUCACACUGUUCUUCGUCCUCAUGUACAUCUUCGCCAUCCUGGGCUUCUGCCUGUUUGGUGCUUCGGAGAAAGGUGACCUGAAUAACUGGGGGAACCUGGCCGUGGCUUUCUUCACCCUCUUCAGCUUGGCCACGGUUGAUGGCUGGACAAACUUGCAGCAGCAGCUGGACAACCGGAAUUUUGUUCUGAGUCGGGCGUUCACCAUCACCUUCAUCUUGAUCGCCUCCUUCAUCUUCCUCAGCAUGUUUGUGGGUGUGAUGAUCAUGCACACUGAGGACUCCAUCAAGAAGUUUGAGCGAGAGCUGAUGUUGGAGCGGCACGUGACCCUUAUGGAAGAGAAGCAGGUGAUCCUGAAGCGGCAGCAGGAGGAGGUCAGCAGGCUGAUGCGGAAGCAGAAAAGCGUCGACUACAAGAGCUUCAGCGAGCUGGUGGAGAACUUCAAGAAAACCUUGCGGCACACGGACCCCAUGGUCUUGGACGACUUCGGCACGAGUCUGCCCUUCAUUGACAUCUACCUGUCCACUCUGGACAACCAGGACACCACAGUCACCAAGCUUCAAGGGCUGUACUAUGAGAUCGUGCACGUGUUGAGCCUGAUGCUCGAAGACCUGCCCCAGAAGUCCCAGUCCUCGCAAAGGUCCCAUGAUGAGUAGCUGGCGCGGGUCCCCGGGCUCGGAGGGCCUUGCAGGCUGUGCUGCGCCCCAUUAAACACAGCUUCCGAGACAGCCUCUCCAGAGUUGCUGCGACCGUGCUGCUUCCCCAUCCUCGGGACCUGG